AUCAGAUUUCAGAUCGGUCAUCGAUAAUAAUAACUUGCUUAUACCCACGUUACACCGACGGAGGGGUAGGAUACCUAUCAUUCAAAGUUCCCUUUCUCUUCUCCGCCACCCUUCAUUGGCUCUAUUCCUUUCUUGUGUCUCGUGAAAAAAAGAAACACCAAAGCGUCUUACCCCGCAAUGGCCUCCUCCUUCGUUAUCAGAACGCCCUGCUCGUCCGCCAACAUUGGACCUGGGUUUGAUGUGAUCGGUUUGGCUCUAUCCCUUCAUCUCGAGCUUCAUGUCACAAUCGACUCCUCCAAGUCGUCGUCGCAAUGCCCCCUCAACUGUGCGAUUACGUAUGACGACCAGAGCAACAGUACCGAAAAGAUCAGUCUUGACCCAGAGGUCAACCUGAUCACCCGUGUAGCUCUGUACGUACUUAGAUGCCACGACCAGAGAGCUUUCCCCGUGGAAACACGGGUUCAUAUCGUAAACCCCAUUCCUCUAGGUCGGGGUCUUGGUUCGUCUGGCACAGCGGUGGUGGCCGGUGUGAUGCUCGGAAAUGAAGUAGGCCGCUUGGGACUGAGCAAGGACCGAUUACUGGAUUACUGCUUAAUGAUUGAGCGUCAUCCGGACAACGUUGCUGCUUCGCUCUUUGGAGGCUUCGUCGGAACCUACCUUAAUGAACUUAAGCCUGAAGACGUAGCUCGGAAAGAGAUCCCUCUCAGUGAGGUUCUGCCUGCCCCCGCAGGUGGUAUUGAUACUGGUAAACAACCGCCAGAGCCGCCGUUGGGAAUUGGUCACUACAAGAAGUUCGACUGGGCCAAGGAAAUCAAAACCAUUGCCAUCAUUCCGGACUUUGUGGUGCCAACUGCAAACGCUCGAAACGUUCUGCCCACCAUGUACUCCAGAGCGGAUGUUGUCUUCAAUCUACAGCGUGCCGCCUUACUCCCAGCCGCCCUGGGCAAAUCCCCACCUGACCCCGAUAUGAUCUAUUUGGCUAUGCAGGACAAAGUCCACCAGCCCUACCGCCAGACUCUUAUUCCAGGCUUGACCGAGAUCCUUCAGUCCAUGAACCCCUCCACACAGCCAGGCCUCCUGGGUAUCUGCCUUUCAGGCGCAGGUCCUACCAUUCUCGCAUUGGCGACUGACCAUUUCACGGAAAUUGCAGACCGCAUUAUCUCCCGGUUUGCGUCUAACAACAUUUCUUGCCAAUGGAAACUGCUUGAACCUGCUCAAGCGGGUACCACAGUGCAAUAUUAAGUGAUUGGACGAAAAAGCAUUUUCCCCAUAAAUUUGUCCUAAAUAAAAAGUCUUUAAAUAUCAUGGCAAGCCAUUUAAUGAUAGGCUUUUAGUAUGGAUGAUGAGAGCGAUAUUUAAUAAACGUUUGGGCUACCUCAAGAGGGGCAUAUCAUGAAAUUUAUCCAGCCAAUCAAAUUAUAUCAAAAACUAAAGAUUAUACCUAGACAGUAUACCUACAGGUACCUACCUAGUACUAGAGUAUCGAAAGAUACUUUAACUUACCCAACUACAA